AUGGGGACUGUAUGCCCUGUGGAAGGCACCUCUGUUUGUUGCAUCUACAGUCGGGAUUUCAUCGGUGUCCGAGAGUGAAUGUAUGUUUUCCUAGUGCCGUCCAACUCCCAUCUGUCACCAUUCCCUUUCUUCCCCUUAGACUACCCUGGCUGAUGGCUUUCAGACAAAGGAGUACGAGGUGGCCGGUCAAGAAGCUUUGGUGAAGGAGUUGAGAGCUCUUUUCCAGACCAUCGAUGUCAAAGCCCUCACCACCAUUGCCUCUAAGUUCCGGGGCGGCAUCUCCUGCUUCGUGAAACCUUUUCGUUAUGACAAAGCACCUUCCCGUCCUGCAAUGGGGGCUGUCAACCUCCAUCUUGAACUCGUAUUUGAUGACGGCCUUAGCUGGAUGGCAAGACUGAAACGUCGUAAUACUUCCACUCUACCCGCAGCAGUACAACCUUACUUGAUUAGGAGCGAAGUGGCGACUUACUCUUUCUUGAAGAAAGAAACCAGGGUUCCUGUGCCAGAGGUUUUUGCCUAUGCCUUGGAUUCGAACAACCCUGUAGGAACGGGGUACAUAUUAAUGGAAACGAUCAAGGGGAAGAAUUUGCUUUCCACUUCGCCUACGAUCGAACAAUUGAGUAAAGUUUUGGCUCAAUUGGCCGAAGUCUAUAAGGAGCUUUAUCGGCAUCCAUUUCCCCUUAUGGGGUCUCUGGAUACCCCUGGAUCGACAAAUGUUGGCCCUGUUGUUCAUGACUUGAUGGUGGACCUGGCUCUCACGAAUAAUGGGGAUCGUGUUAUCCAGCAACUCGCCGGCUUUCCGGGACCUUUUAUUAAUUUAAAGGAUUACUAUUCCGUGUUAAUCCCUCGCAUUCUGCAUAUGAUUGUUGUGGGCGAAUUGUACCCAUUUUGGGCCGUUGAUGCCUACCUCAUUCAUAAGUUCCUGUUCGAUUUAUUGGGGCAGUGGCCGGAGGACAUGCAGGGAACCGGGAAGUUUUAUUUGCGUCACUUUGAUGACAAGGGCGACCAUAUUAUGGUUGACGAAGACUUCAACAUCACUGGCAUAAUCGACUGGGAGGGUGCAUACACAGCCCAAAAGGCGGAGGCAUUCACCUCUCCGAUCGCCCUUUGGGACUCAAAGGAGUUCUUUUCCGAGAGAAAAACACUCAGCAAUUCAGAACUUGAGUUCGCGCAGCUUCUGGAUGGUGCUGGCCACGGGGGCGCGAAUCACCCUGCUAAUUUUAAUCUUGGUGAUUGUGUUCGGUUGGGGAAGAUCUUCCAAAGACUUCGGAUUUGCGUUGGCUAUACCCUCUAUGAUGAGAACAUGGAAAACUACCGGAAGGCCUUUAUGGGACUUCUGAGGGAAUUUCCUAUACGCCAUGAGGAAUCUUGGGAGGAGUGGAGAGUUUUUGCUCUCAAAAAGUAUUCGGGGGAUGAAAAACUGGCAGGUUUGCUGAGGAGAGAGGGUUGA